AUGGCUUUUUCUAAGGAACCACCAAUGGCCGGCUUCAAACCCAAAAACAAGCUUCGCCGACAGAGCGCAUACCUUGCAGUCAAGAAAUCGAAAGAGGCGGCCAAACGCGACGAACGAUUCAAGCGCAAACGCGAAGAAGCGAAGUCCCCUGGACUCCGAGAAGAGCGACAGCGCAGAAAUCUGCCCACCACUAUCGAAAGCAAGCGAAAAUUCGACAACGAUACCGUAGGCGACGAGGAGGAUGCUCUGAACUGGGCGAUAGACGUAGAACGUCUGGCAAAGAAGCGUAAGCUUGAGCAAGAAGCGGUUGAGCGCGAAGAGAAUGGCGGCGAAGACGGCGAAGAGGGGUUGCUAGAGAAGCUUAAGAAACGCGACGCAGAGGAUGGCGAAGAAGAGGAGGAUGAUGAGGCGGACAGCAUGCUGGAAUCUGAUUCGGAAGUGGAAGACGACGCAUCGGACUCUGAUGUUGCCCCAGAGUCGAAGCGGAAACCGGAACGAGCCGCAAGCCCUGCAAUGUCUACUACCACAAACGCGACGAACGCGACGAAUGCGACGAACCUCGACAUCUCCCCAGACUUCCUGAAACAGAAGUUCCCGGCGGUUUUCGAUCCGGCAGAAACCCCAAAGAUUCUGGUCACGACAUCGAUCAACUCAACUCUUCACAAAGAGGCCGAGAUCUUAGCGUCUUUUUUCCCAAAUGCAAACUACGUCCGUCGCAGUGCUCACGCUCAUGCGCACAAGUAUUCUGUGCGCGAGAUAGCGAACUUCGCAAGCAAUCGCGACUAUACCGCUCUAGUUAUUAUGUUCGUCAUCCCUCCUUUCCAACCCUCUCCUUCCCAACUAACAGCGUCCAACAGGAUGGAAGCUCACCACGUGAAAGAGCCCGAUGGCCUCGAUAUUGUUCUGCUACCGGCAGGCCCGCACUUCCACUUUUCCAUAAGCAACUGGGUAGAAGGGAAGAAGCUUCCAGGGCAUGGUAAAGAUCAGGGAUUUUAUCCUGAACUGGUGCUCAAUGGCUUUCGGACGCCCUUAGGCCUGUUGACCGCGCACCUUUGGCGAGGACUCUUUCCCGCACAACCCGAAUUGCAAGGUCGUACUGCCGUUACGUUACACAACCAGCGAGAUUACAUAUUCCUGCGCCGCCACCGAUAUGUCUUCAGAGAGAAGAGGGCGACAGAGAAGCAAGUCCUAGAUGCAAAUGGAAAACCACUGAAGGGAGUGGAAGACAUAAGAGUUGGAAUGCAAGAAAUCGGUCCGAGAGCGACGUGA